AUGGAUGCUUUGGCCCCGGUUGGGACUCUGGAUGACGCAGUAAUCCAAUCCUUUCUCUCUCUGCAGCUGCACACAGACCUGGACAAAGGAGACAGCGAGGUGAAAUACACUCUGUCGGGGGAAGGCGCUGGCACCAUCUUCACCAUCGACCAGACCACGGGGGACAUCCACGCUCUGCGGCGGCUGGACCGGGAGGAGAGGCCCUACUACACGCUCCGAGCCCAGGCCGUGGACCUCAAGGAUAACCGUCCCCUGGAGCCCGAGUCCGAGUUCGUCAUCAAAGUCCAGGACAUCAACGACAACGAGCCCAAGUUCCUGGAAGGACCGUACACCGCCAGCGUGCCGGAGAUGUCGCCCGUGGGGACGUACGUGACGCAGGUUACAGCCACGGACGCGGACGACCCCACCUACGGCAACAGCGCUCGCGUGGUCUACAGCAUCCUCCAUGGACAGCCGUACUUCUCUGUGGAGGCCAAGACAGUGUGUAACUGUCAGCGGAACGGCGAGCUCUCUCCGUGUCGCCGGGAUAACGAUGGAUAA